AUGGCGAAUGAUAAUAUUAUUAUCAAUGAACUUUUAACAUUUAUUCAAAACAAAGCGGACGUAUUAGACGAACUUACAAUUAUACAGAUAUGUGCAGGUAAUUUUUCGGAACAAGAGAUCGAUAUGGCAAAAAACAUAAUUUUCUCUUCGUGUAGUACAAGCAAACCUAUUACAAGGAAAGGAGACGACAAGAAGAAAAAGAAUGUGCGUGACAUAAUCAAAAUUAUUAAGGAGACGGAUCCCGACGUUCAACCCAUGUUUGUCGCGAGAGACUUGAGUCGCCUACCCCCGGUGACCUUGGACAAUGUGGAUGUUUCACGUCUGCUGAAGGAUAUGUCAAUACUUAGGACUGAAUUGUUGGAAACAAAAAAGGCUUCCGAACCUCCCAACUUAUGUGCGGAAUUCAAAAGUAUAAAGGACGAGUUGGAGGCAUUUAGAAAAGAAUGUCUAACGAAGGCGGAUCUUAGCAAGAUUUUCAAAAAAAUCGAAUAA